AUUUAAAAAUGGGAAGGGUGGCAUGCUGUGAGAAGGUAGGGUUGAAGAAAGGACCAUGGACUCCAGACGAAGACAAGAAGCUCCUCGACUAUGUUCGGAACUAUGGCCAUGGAAACUGGCGUUCAGUGCCUGCCAAAGCGGGUCUUCAAAGAUGUGGAAAGAGUUGCAGAUUGAGAUGGAUUAACUAUCUCAAACCUGACAUAAAACGAGGAAACUUCAGCGCGGAGGAAGAUCACACCAUUAUUCAACUUCAUGCCCUUCUUGGAAACAAAUGGUCAAUCAUAGCAGCUCAUCUGCCCCAAAGAACAGACAAUGAGAUCAAGAACUAUUGGAAUACCAACAUUAAGAAAAGACUCAUCAGAAUGGGCUUAGAUCCCAUUACCCACAAAAAAAUAGAAAAUAACACGUUUGAACCCUUUGGUGGUUGCCAUGAAUACCCCAAGGACAACAUCAAUAUCUGCCAUGUGGCUCAAUGGGAAGGUGCUCGACUUGAAGCUGAAGCCAGAGGAUCUAAGUUGCAAGUUGGAUCCGGAUCUUCGCAACUCUCUGGGCUAAUUUUAAGCAAAAUUCCAACUCAACCUUGUCUUUCAUCACAUUCAGUGUCAACCAAAAACAACACAGCGUAUAACAUGUAUGCCCUCGUGCUUGCCACAAAUCAUGAUUUUCGGUCAUCUGUAUCCACUUUGACCAUUCCUACACUUCCUGCAGUUUCUAAUAUUCCACAAAUCACCAACACAGAAAAGGUAAUGAAAGGUUAUGUAUCAAACUUACAAGAUGAUGACAUUAUGGUGGCUUUGGAAGCAUUUAGGACAGCAAGAUCCGAGAGUAUCGAAGACCUGUUUGAUGAACCCACUUCCAUUUAGAAGGUCUAAUAUGACGAUUUGUUUUAAAAUAUCUGUCAUUCGUAUGUUCUUCUGUUUGGAAUAGCUUUC